UUGUUUUCUACGUUCGGCUUAUAAUAAACCGCGCCGGACGCUUAUCUGAAUGCCAUUUCCCACGUACUAUAGCAACUAUAGUCGCCGUUGAACCGCUGCCAAUAGUAAACCACUCGUACGACACGCGCCUACCUUCAAGGGCCAACGCUGAACGAAAACAAAACUUGGGAAAGUUUCCAAAAACCUUUUUUUUUUCAAUUUUUUUUCGUCGCUGGUUGGCUGCCAAUUAAUUCCUCGUCCCGACAACUAUGGGUGGCAAACACUCUAAAAUGGAUCCCAUGGACGUCGAAGUGCCCGAACUUCAACAACAGCUGGAUCGCGAUCCCUAUUUGAAACCCUACGAAAGGGAAUUCAAACGCAGGUAUGCAUGCUUUUUGGACUAUUUGGAAAGAGUUAAAGAAGAGUCGAAUUUAGAAUCGUUUACUACGGGUUACAAAACAUUUGGUGUUCAUUUUAAUAAUGAUGGGUCUGUGUAUUGCUUGGAAUGGGCUCCGGGAGCUAAACAACUCUAUCUCACUGGUGACUUUAAUAAUUGGAACAGAGAAAAUUAUCCCUACAAAAAGCUUGAAUAUGGAAAGUGGGAAUUAACUAUACCACCAAACAGUGAUGGAACACCAGUUAUUAAACACUUAUCUGAAAUAAAGAUAGUAGUUGAAUCUCAUCAUGGUGAAAAAAUGGAUCGUAUAUCACCAUGGGCAACUUAUGUAUUGCAACCCCCUCGUGAAGAAGGGGUAACAUUUAAACAUAAAGUUUGGAAUCCAUCAGAUAAUAUAUAUCAAUUUAAAUAUCCUAAAGUACCAAAACCAACUAGUUUGCGAAUAUAUGAAUGCCAUGUUGGAAUUGCCACAUCAGAAUAUAAAGUUGGAACUUACCAAGAAUUUAAAGAUUGUAUGUUAGAUCGUAUUCUGGAUUUAGGAUAUAAUACAAUCCAAAUAAUGGCCAUUAUGGAACAUGCAUACUAUGCUUCUUUUGGAUAUCAGGUGACAAGUUUUUAUGCUGCUUCGAGUCGCUUUGGAACACCAGAAGAUCUAAAAGAACUAGUUGAUGUUGCUCAUAGUAAAGGUUUAUAUGUCAUGUUAGAUGUUGUACACUCCCAUGCAUCAAAAAAUGUACUGGAUGGUUUGAAUCAGUUUGAUAGUACAGAUGCUGGUUACUUUCAUAGUGGACCUAAUGGAAGUCAUCCCCUUUGGGACAGCAGACUUUUUAAUUAUUCUGAGUAUGAAGUAUUACGAUUUUUAUUAUCAAAUUUGCGAUGGUAUAUUGAAGAAUAUAAUUUCGAUGGCUUCAGAUUUGAUGGUGUAACGUCUAUGUUAUACCAUUCUCGAGGUGCUGGUCAAGGGUUCAGUGGACAUUAUGAUGAAUAUUUUGGUCUUAAUGUUGAUACAGAUGCAUUGAUUUAUUUGAUGUUAGCAAACUAUAUGCUCCAUAAAUUCUAUCCCAAUUGCAUAACUAUAGCUGAAGAUGUGUCUGGAAUGCCUUCAUCGUGCCGACCUGUAAGUGAAGGAGGACUUGGAUUUGAUUAUCGUCUAGGAAUGGCUAUACCUGAUAUGUGGAUUAAGCUACUAAAGGAGGUUCAAGAUGAUGAUUGGAAUAUGGGAAAUAUUGUACAUACACUUACAAAUCGAAGAUGGAUGGAAAAAACAGUUGCCUAUGCUGAAUCUCAUGACCAGGCUCUUGUUGGAGAUAAAACAGUUGCAUUUUGGUUAAUGGAUAAAGAAAUGUAUACACACAUGGCUGUCUCAAGUGAUCCGUCUUUAAUUAUUGAUCGUGGAAUAGCAUUACACAAAAUGAUUCGGUUAAUCACCAAUAGUCUUGGUGGUGAAGCAUAUUUAAAUUUUAUUGGUAAUGAAUUUGGCCAUCCAGAAUGGUUAGACUUUCCUCGUGACGGUAAUAAUAGUUCAUAUCACUAUGCCAGGCGACAGUGGAAUUUAGUCGAUGAUGAGUUAUUAAAAUAUAAAUUUUUAAACAAUUUUGAUAAAAGUAUGAAUCAUUUAGAAAAUAAAUAUGGAUGGUUAAAUGAUAAUCCUGGAUAUGUAAGUUUAAAGCAUGAAGGUGAUAAAAUAAUUACAUUUGAAAGAGCUGGUUUAUUGUUUGUAUUCAAUUUCCAUCCAACCAAGAGUUUUACAGACUACAAAAUUGGUUUAAAUUUGUCAGGCUCAUUAAAAAUAGUUUUGAAUAGUGAUAAUGCAGAAUAUGGAGGACAUUGUCGCAUUGAUAACAAUAUUACAUAUCCAACUAUCAAUGGCGACUGGAACGGUAGACAAAAUCAUAUUUUCCUAUAUUUACCAACAAGAACUGCACUCGUGUUUUCUACGUCAAACUGAAUCAUUGAAAUUAUGCUGGGCUGCUUUAGCAAGUUAUGAUAUAAGAACUACUCAAUUUUUACAAAAUUAAUAUUACUUCAUAUAUUUUACAAUUUUUAUUUUAAAGAAUUAAAUUUAAAAAGUCUGAUUUUGUUUUAAAAAGAAAAUUUACCAACUCUAUAAUUGUUUGAAAUUAUAUUUAAAAUCCACUUAUAUUAAUUAUUUUUAUUAUUUGUACUAUACGUGGAAUAAUAAAAAGAAAUACCUACUUAA